AUGAGUGUAGAGGAAGCCUUGGCCAUGCCAGAGUUUGGUGUCCAGCAAUAUAUUGCGGCGCAAGUGCAGUAUUCACCCAAGGCUGUGGAAAGGUUGGUACGGAUUCCCGAACAGGACGGUAAUCCUGUGUUCGAUAGGAAUGAGUGGAUCUAUGAACACUUGAAGUAA